GAACCCGGGAGGAGAGAAGAGGGGAGCAGUGUGGAGAUCCAGACUUCUGUGACGCGCGUGGGGCAACACGAGGCUCGGGGUGUGUGACAAGGGCUGUCACCAUGUGGCUCAGAGAAGGUUCCUGCUGUCUCAGGGCUCAUCUUCUAGUGGGGAGAGAUGGACAGCUCAACCAGGACACGGGUGCUGACAGAGCAGUCGGUACUCAGGGCCACGAAGAAAAGUAAGCAGGGGCAGGAGAUAGCAACAGCCGGGGGCCCUUAGGUGGUCUGGGAACACCUCUCCCAGAAGGAGACAUUCGAGCUGAGCGCUGGAUGAGGGAGAGGGCCCCCAGAGGGAAACCCAACCAGCCCGCGCUCCAGCAGCCCCGCCAGGGACCCACCAACGAGGCCCGGAUGGCAGCCGCGGCAGCCCUGGCCCGGCUCGAACAGAAGCAGCCCAGGGCCCGGGGCCCCACGUCGCAGGAGUCCAUCCGGAACCAGGUGAGAAAGGAACUUCAGGCCGAAGCCACUGUCAGCGGGAGCCCAGAGGCCCCAGGGACCAACAAGGUGCCUGAGCCCAGAGAGGAGGGCUCGACCCAGCUGGCAGUGCCCGCGGUGUGCUUCACCUGCCCACUCACGGGGGCCACGCUCAGGAAGGACCAGCGGGAUGCGCACAUCAAAGAGGCCAUUCUCUCGCACUUUUCCAGCGACCCCGUGGCUGCCUCCAUCAUGAAGAUCCACACGUUCAACAGAGACCGGGACAGGGUGAAGCUGGGUGUGGACACCAUCGCCAAGUACCUGGACAACAUCUGCCUGCACCCCGAGGAAGAGAAGUACAGGAAGAUCAAGCUGCAGAACCGCGUGUUUCAGGAGCGAAUUAACUGCCUGGAAGGGACCCACGAGUUUUUUGAGGCCGUCGGCUUCCAGAAGGCCCUGCUUCCGGUGCCCGAUCAGGAGGGCCCCGAGGAGUUCUACGUGCUGAGCGAGGCCGCCCUGGCCCAGCCCCAGAGCCUGCGGAAGCACAAGGAGCAGCUGCUGGUCGCCGAGCCCGUGCGGGCCACGCUGGCCCGCCAGCGCCGCGUCUUCCAGCCCUCGCCCCUGGCCUCCCAGUUUGACCUGCCCGGGGACUUCUUCAACCUCACGGCGGAGGAGGUCAAGCGGGAACAGAGGCUCAGGUCCGAGGCCGUGGAGCGGCUGAGUGUGCUGCGGACCAAGGCCAUGCGGGAGAGGGAGGAGCAGAGAGAGCGGCGCAGAUACACCUACACGCUGCUGCGCGUCCGCUUCCCCGACGGCUGCCUGCUCCAGGGCACCUUCUACGCCCGGGAGCGGGUGGCCGCGCUGUAUGCCUUCGUCCGGGAGGCCUUGCAGAGCGACUGGCUGCCUUUCGAGCUGCUGGCCUCGGGCGGGCAGAGGUUGUCGGAGGAGGAGAGCCCGGCCUUCGACGAGUGCGGGCUGGUGCCCUCCGCCCUCCUGACCUUCUCGUGGGACGCAGCCCUGCUGGAGGACCUCAGGGCCGCAGGGGCGGAACCGGACUCUUCUAUCCUGAAACCUGAGCUCCUGUCGAGCAUCGAGAAGCUCUCGUGAAAUAAAAGCAGGGUUGGCUUUA